AUGACGCCGAGUGUGGGUAGAAGCAAUAUGCCCGAAGCGUGGUGGAUACGCCGCUGCUACUUACUUGAUUUGUUACAGCGCAUGAGUCUUGCCGAUUGUCGUCCAUUAUCUACACCUGUCUCUUCUGGUAGACAGCUUUCUCGGCACACUGGUGAUCCUUUGUCUGAUCCUACUAUGUAUCGGAGCACUGUCGGUGCAUUACAGUAUCUUGUAUUGACACGACCAGAGAUUUCUUAUGCAGUCAGUAAGGUGCCACAGUUUCUUCAGACACCUACUGAUCGACACUGGGUCGCUGUCAAACGGAUUUGCGGUAUCUUAAGGGUACCAUUUCUCAUGGGUUGUGUAUACGUCGGUCUACUUGUGUUGAUUUACAUGCUUAUAGUGAUGCUGACUGGGCUGGGUGUCCUGAUGAUCGACGUUCUACCACAGGUUAUUGUGUUUUUCUUGGGCCCAACCUCAUCAGUUGGAGUUCCAAGAAACAACAUACAGUUGCUAGGUCGAGUACUGAGGUUGAGUAUCGAGCUCUUGCUCAUACAGCUGUUGAGUUACGAUGGAUUACAUCUAUACUACAUGAGUUACAAAUCACGAUGA